GAAGACCAACAGCAAGUGCAGCGAGAGGAACGUGUGUCCAGUGGAACCAGAAGCUGGGAGCCCAGCGCUCUGCCCACCCUCCAGCCACUUCCCCAUGGAGGCCAUGGAGUCAGGGGCUCUGCUGGUCCUGCUGGUGGCCACAGUUUGGCAUGGUCAGGGGGUCCCAAUAAUAGAGCCCAACGGCCCGGAGCUGGUUGUGAAGCCAGGGACAACGGUGACCCUGCGGUGUGUAAGCAAUGGCAGUGUGGAAUGGGAUGGACCCAUAAACCCCCACUGGAACCUGGACCCUGAUGCCCCAAGCAGCGUCCUGACUACAAAAAAUGCUACCUUCAGACACACGGGGACCUAUCGCUGCACUGAGUCUGGAGAUCCCUUGGGGGGCAGCGCCACCAUCCACGUCUAUGUCAAAGACCCCGCCCGGCCCUGGAACCUGCUGGCAGAGGAGGUGACAGUGCUCGAGGGUCAGGAGGCCGUGCUGCCCUGCCUGCUCACUGACCCUGCGCUGAAGGGGAGUGUCUCGCUGGUGCGUGUGCGUGGCCGGUCUGUCGCACGUCACACCAACUACUCCUUUUCACUCUGGCACGGUUUUAUCAUCCACAAAGCCAAGUACCUCGAUGGCUGGGAUUACCAGUGCAGAGCCCUGGUGGAUGGCAGGGCGGUCCUGACUGUCGGCAUCCAGCUCAAAGUCAAGAAAGUCCUCAAAGGGCCCCCGGACUUGACACUGGAGCCCGCAGAGCUGGUGCGGAUUCGAGGGGAGUCUGCCCAGAUCAUUUGCAAAGCCAAGGACCCUGACUUCAACUAUGCUAUCUUCCUCAAACGCGGAAACACCCAGCUCAACAUUGCUCCAGAAACAGACUUCCAUGGUAAUGAUUACCAUAAAGUCCUGACACUUGACCUGAAAAAUGUAGCCUUCCAAGACUCAGGCAACUACUCCUGCAUGGCCACCAAUAGUGAAGGCAUCAGUUCUUCUUCCAUGAUCUUCCGGGUGGUGGAGAGUGCCUAUUUGAACUUGACCUCUGAGCAGAACCUCUUCCAGGAGGUUAUUGUGGGUGAGAGCCUCAACCUCAAAGUCAAGGUGGAGACCUACCCUGACCUGGAAGGUUUUAACUGGACCUACCUGGGGCCCUUCUCUGACUACUCACCCAAGCUUGAUUUUGUCACCCACAAGGACACAUACAGGUACCCCUUGUCACCUUCCGUCUGUCUGCAGAGCCCCACAGUCAGAUGGGGGAUGCUUUAG